GGCCUCCAUUAAUAUCUCUGUUUUGGCUUCACGCAGGCACAGAGGGACGUUAAGGCACCCCUUAUUGUUGCAGCCCGCUGAUGUGGCAACCACAGUGUCCUCUGUCUCAAAGGAAGCAGGUGCAUGCAAAAAAAGCAAAAGAAUGAGCCUCUACAUUCUCGACAACUACAACUGUAAGUGCUUAUUAGAAAUUUUAAAAUGUUAAAUAUAUAUCUGCUUCUGCUUGGAACAACCCAAAAGCUGUUUGUUCACAUUUCCUCUUUGCAGAUUUACAUUUUUGCAAAAACUAUUUUUUUUCUUCUUCUUUUUUCUUCUUCUGUGUGUGUUCUUCUUCGUCCUAUGUGUGGAUCAAAUCUAUCAGCAAACUCAGGAAUUUCUCUCCUUCAGUGAGCAUUACAGUCCCAGAGAUUCCCAUUGUGUCUGAAGUUUAGUUUUCUUGAACACAUGUCAUACGAGAGCUGUACCUUAACAACAAUAAUCCCUGCUGUUAUUUCUGGGUCCAGAUGAGCUCUUUGUCGUCUCUUUGUCGUCUCUGGUCCCAAGUAAAGGCGCUCUGUUAUUAUGUAUUUUGAUACCUGCUCAGCCAGAUGAUUUAAUUUAGGUUUGUCUUUUGGUGGGGUGAUAUAACAAUCCUGGGAAACUUCCUUUUGGUUCCAUUUCACACAAUUAUCUGAACUAUAUCUUCUCCCUUAAGCUAUGAAAUGCUGAUGUGUGAGCGAGUUUGAAGUUUGCACCGGCAAAAGGGUGUGUGUGUAUGUGUGUGUGUGUGUGUGUGUGUGUGUGUGUGUGUGUCUGUGUGUCUGUCUGUCUGUGCUUGUGAACUCCUUUAGCCGUUUAGUUGGUUACACACCUAACUGAAGUCAGGAAUGCUACCCUGUGAGAAGAGGAAACGGGAGAAAAAAACAAUGGAGCGAGAGAGAGAGAGAGAGAGAGAGAGAAAAAAAACCAGUGUGGCAGGUUUGCAUCACUGUAUUCACUCCAUCAUGCAAAGCUGAUGGAAAGAGAAGAAAGAGGAGUUACCGUAGGCGCUGAUGUCAUUGCAGAGCGCUUCCUUCAUUAUGAACCCGUGACAACUCGGUGGCGUAGGACAGGUAACAAAGUCCCUCCAAGAGAAGGUAAGGCACAUGUGUUUGUAGAUGUGUGAUUAAUAAGAUAAUUUGUAAUCAUGUGAGAGUAAAUGUGUUGGUUGUUUUAAUUGAAUGUCCGGGUGCAGUUGUAUCUUUUUUGCUGUUUAACCGUAGUUUAAAGAAAACUGUGGCGCGUUGCCCGCGUUACCCAAAUGGGAGUUUUUGUGAGCUCGCAGAACAGGUGUUUCUGUAAACCGACACUCGCACUCACCUGCAUUGGAAAGCACCAAAGAGACUGUCGCCAAAAGUUACACGCUGUAACCGACAUAAACGGCUUCAUAUCUCAGGCACUGUUUGUCUGAUGCCUUUCUCCUAUUGUGUGUGUUCAGUAAAUCACAAGCUUCCACUAUUUGUGUUAAAAAAGAGAUGAUUAAAUCCUAAUUCUGCCCUGACGAAGGAUCAAAGAUGGUUUCACUUCCUUACAGUCUGUUGUGUGUGUGGCUGUGAACUCCCCGAUGAGCCGUUGUCCAUCCGUAAUGGGAUCUCUCUCAGCAGGCUGUGUGUAAACUAAAGUGGCGCCAUCCUCUUCUUUGUCCAUCUUAUCUGAUCAUUUCAACUGAAAACGCUGUUACACGGUUUCAGUCUGUUGUGGUGUUGCUUUGGUUUUAUGAGACCGAUACACGCUGCACAGUGACUCAUUGUGGAACUUUAUUACAUUGUUUUUGCUGGGUGGAUUGCUGUUAGGUGAGUUUUUCCAGUUUGUAGUUCAAGUUUAGCUGACAGUGACAGGUAGUCAUGAGUAUGUUGCUUGUGUAAACAGCCUACAUGAUGUGUGUGAACAGCAGGGCACUACCUGAGUCCCACUGUUCUUUGAAUGGGCUCAUUGAGUCAGCGUGAGAGGAUGCCGGAGGAGCAGGGAUGUGUUGCCAACUGACUCAGGAUAUUGUUGCGUUUUCGGCUCUUCAUGCUCUUCUGUUUGUUUUUUAUUUAUUUAUUAAAUCAUUUUCACAUGUGCACUGUCCUCUUUACGCUUCCCUGUAACGUGCUGUAAAAUGUUUAUUCUUUAUAGGCAACAGGAACUGUUUGCUGAAGUCGUUCUGAAGGAACCAAAUACUGCAAAGGACGGAACAACACGAGAUCAAGAAGAAGAGGCCCGAGGCGUCCUCUCUUGGGGAACACAACACGGAGACUCAUCAGGAGCGUCGCUGGAAUAUUCCAUUUUUUAAUGAAAGCGUUUUUUUCUGUGCAAGAAGCGGAUGAGGGCUGUAUUUGAGCCACCUUUUCACAGCUUUGUACACACUCGCAGCUGCCGCAUUCAAACCAAGUGAUUCCAGAUUUCCAUCUAAAAGACAGUUGCUUGGAAUUGGUUGAAGAUCAAGUUCACUCUUCCACUCUUUUUGGGGGAUUUGGCUCUUGACAGGAGAUCAUUAACUUUGUUUACUCUCAGACGAUGGACUUGUCCACGCUGCCUCCUCCAGUGAGUGAGUUUGACAACCAGAGGACGAAAGCAUGCUUCACUGUCCGCUCGGCUAACUCUCCCUCGUACACUCUCACUUGCAGGCCAGGUGAGAGGAAACCCAAUUGUUUUUUGGAGGAGGGUCAGGGGGCUGAGGAAGUUGAGAGGAGAGAGAGAUACACCAGGAUGCACACGGGCACAGAUAGUACAACCAAAGGGGAGAAUCACCCAGUCACUGGUUAUCAAGCCAGGACUGGGAGUCGCAGCAGAGUUCAGUGUGAGGAGGAGGAAACUUCAGGCUAUGGAAUGUCUACUGAACUGAACCAGAAUGGCACAGCAGUCAAACCUAUCACAGAAUUUGGCACUGAAAUAAAUAAAACAUGUAACCCUGGGUCUGAAAGCCAAGGCCAGACAGACUGGAGGAGAUCCAACCGGGCAAGUAGAAGUAAGAGUCUAAAUUUGGGAGCAGGGACAUCCGCCACUGAUCGUGGCAAACUGGCUGACAUAUUUGUGUUGCCAACUAAACGAGGCAGGGACGAACCAAGGACUGGAAUUGAAAGCUUGAGGGCCAGGUUUGUGUCUUCAAUACAGUCCCAUAACUCCGUUGGUACAAGUCAUGUUGAGAAGAGCCCAGGGAGUCUCGUGAGUCGGGCUUUGGAGAGGACCAGUAAAGGUAACUCUCUCCCCACUAGGUUGAGAUCCCUGUCUGGACCUUGCUCUAUUAUCAGAGAGACAACUUCUUCGUUUGGGCCCAAAGGAGGCCAGAGCAUAAUGGAGCGGAUCGAGAAACUCUAUGGGUCCGCUGGUUUCAGUAAAACGGAGGAUUUCAGCACAAUCAGGGACUUCACCCCUGCAACGUCUCAUCACAGAGAAACAACCACAGACUCCCUCAAUUCGCCACAACAGAGGUCAUACGAGUGGGCUUCAGGGGGAACCUUCCCCAGGCGUUUCUCAUCAGAAGUGAAAAGGAGCCCCAGUCAAAGCAGGACACCCUUCUCCUUGACACAAAAAGACACUCCAGGUUCUGAGACGUCACUUUUACCACAGACGACCAGGACAUGGGAGAGAUCGUCAGGGGUACAGGGCCAAGGACAGACACAGGGCAAGUACCCAGAGGUAGGGGGACUUAACGGCGGCAGAGGGUUCGAGGAAAUGAGCACAAGGUCACUGGAUAGAGCCAGGAGCCGGUACUCGACAGCAGCUCAGGUACGAUCUACAAGGGCUGCAGCAGGACUUACUCCAUCCCCACAUUCAAAAGGUUUCUUUGAAGAAGAGAGAUCUGUUUCUUUGAGAGAUUUGUCUGGUUUGAGGGAAGGAAGUGGGGAUGGGAGUAUGGAUCAGGACGGGAUGAAGGGCGAGACUAAUGGCAUACGAGGGACAUUGACGGAAAGAAAAGAGCAAACGGAUGAUGUAGCAAAAGAAAAAACAGAAUCAAAGAGUAGGUUCACUGAUGAAGAUGUGUUUGAUCCAAACCCACAGAACGUGACAGCGAAAUCAAUGGAGAGGAAGAAAUUCCCAGAGAGGUUAUCGGCUGCCUCUGCAGCCAGUGUUAGAAAUAAGAUCAAUCAGUUUGAGGCUCUCACGCAGAGAUCCCAUGGUUUGGCGACGGGACAGGCCCUCUUGCCCAGACGGGCCUUUUCAGCUCCAACACAUCUCAGCUGGGCUCAUGAAGGAGUGCAAAAAAGCAGGUCAGCAAAAGAGAUAGGUGGAUUGAGAAACAAGUGGGAGGGAUUAGAAGAGAAAAGGGAGGCAGGUGAUGGAACUGAGGAGAGAGUGACAGGAGGAAGACCGAAGCUCGGGUCAUAUAGAUCUUUAUCGGUGGAUGAGAUUGAACAAAGAUUAGGGAGGAAAGAAAGGGAAGGGAAUUAUUUGGUUGAGAGUGAAGGAAAAGAAAUGAAUAGCGUUAACAACUGUCCAGAUGUUAGUAAAUAUUCUAAUCUCAAGACAACGCUCGAUAUCCCCCUAAAUGGAGGAGCGAAAAAAAAAAGUAGAAACUUUUACAUAGACGAGGUAGAUCUAUACAGAACCUCAAGCCCCGAGGAGGCAAGUGAGAGACCACCAUCCUUGCGACUGUCCAUCUCCGCCGGUGUGCAGAAAACAACAACACCCCCUCGGGUUGCUUCACCUGUUAGUGAUGACGACAUAACUCCAACAAACUCUCCAAUCAACUCACCCUUUCUUACGACUACCACAGAACCGGAAAACAUCAUUCCCACAGGCAAAAUCCCCAAACAAGAUUCACCGCUUCUUCCUCGUGCCCUUGCCACCUCCUCCCACAGCGACCUCCCUGACCUCUUCUCCCUGGAGGUCAACACAGCCCUUCCAAAUGGGAGGAAACAGCGGUUGGACCUGGAUGCCUGGGUCGCUGGCUUGAAACCAAAUAUUAUGAUCUGGAAUGAUGAAGAUGAUGAUUAUGAUGAUGACGAUGAUGAUGAAAGUACACAGAGGGAUGAGGAUUCAAACUAUGACUCAGACUCCGGAGAGUCCUCGGUGACUAUCACGAGUAACAUGAGCCAGUUGGAUCACAAGAGCUUCUGUGUCAGGUGGGUCCUGUCAUACAUCACAUUUAUGAUUGGAAUUAUUCCUUCCCACAAUUUUUCAAACGGAUAAAACUCAUAACUCUCGUCUUUAAUCCCUGCAGUCUUUCAGACCUGUGUAACUUUGCUGGAGUUGACUACGAGUCGGAGAAUGAUAACGAUGAGUGGCAUCGGUCUGCCUCGCU